CAGAUUCGAAACGUCACUUGCUCAAAACGGAAGGGAGCAAAAAAAACACGGCGUCGGAGUUGUUUGGUGAUUCGCUUGGUAACCCUGUCAAUUAAUGCAGCUUGGACGGGUCACUGGCAAGCGACUGCAGCGCUACAUGCAGAAUGUCGAUGUUGGGGCGAGACUAGAAAGCUUGCAAAUGCGAGACUGCUUUCGUCUUGUAAUUCACUCUCUCAAUAGAGGCAGUUUGCGAUAGGAUUGCUAGUCGGACGCAGAAUGUUUUGAGUGCUGUUAAUGCUGGAUGGUUUUGAUAUGCCGGCGGUGCCAAAGCUGAGUCGCUCACAGUAAGCAGACUUAAACAAAAAGAGAUCGGACAAAGAAAAGGGCUGGACGCGGCGAAGCGAGCAACGAACAUUGAACCUGACUGUGUGGGAUACAAACAACAGAGUGCAAUCAGCGGAUACCGGAUGCUGCAGCUGAGGAAAAUCUUUGCAAGCGAAGAUGAAUCCUGCCCCAAAAGAUGAGCUGCCUGAUCUGGAAACUGCCCACAGCAAAGGGGAAUUCGUCUAUCAAACCCCGUCCAGUGUCCUUAAAGAUGAGGAGACUGGACAGGGCUCUGAUUAUAAGGAUGCAGAUUCCAGCCCUGUGCGAGAGGCUGGGAAUGAAUCGGAGACUGGGAAAGAGGAAAUACCUGCAGGGGACUCGUCUAAAAUCAGUCGGUCUCCUGCUACGUCAUAUGAUGAAGAACGUGACCCCGGAUUUGUUGGCAGCUCCUGCCCUCACUGCGGAAGUCGUUUCAGUCGCCAGCGAGACCUCGCCAAGCACAUGAAGAAGACUCACCUGGAGGAGAUCGUGAAGAUACUCAAAACUCGUUCUGUUCACACCACGGGCCUCCCGUUACCAAACGGCAGAGGGAGUGAAAUUCCACCCGCCGACGUUCCUGCGACCUCUGAAUCCGCCGUCGAACCGGGAACUUGUCGUGUAGCAGAGACCAAGCACGGCGAGGGAAUGGGAGAGCGUUCUGAUGGGAAGGAAAAAAACAACACAGAGGAAACGGCGGCGACACCGUGUGACUACCCUGAAUCCAGACAAAGCCUAAACCUUAAAACCAAGGAGGUCACCCAUUCCGGGGAGACUCUGUAUGCCUUCGGUUGCGGAGGAGACGAUUCCGACCAGCUGGGUUCACUUAAAACCCCGGCCGGAUUUCUCCCGCCAUACAUCUGCACGGAAUGCGGGAAGCGUUUCAACGGCUCGGGAACGCUCAAGAGACACCGGAGGAUUCACACGGGAGAGUCUCCUUACCACUGUAUCGAAUGUGGGAAGAAUUUCAAAGACUCGGGCGCUCUUAAGAGACACCGGAGGAUUCACACGGGGGAGUCGCCUUACCACUGCACCGAAUGCGAAAAGAAAUUCCGCCAGCUGGGCCACUUGAAAGAGCACCAGCGAAUCCACACGGGGGAGACCCCCUACCACUGCGCCCAGUGCAGGAAAAGCUUCAGCCAGCUGGGGAACCUGAAGACCCACCAGCGGAUCCACACCGGAGAAACCCCUUACGCCUGCGCCGACUGCGGGAGGAGCUUCCGGCAAAUCCGGCAGCUCCGGACGCACCAGCAGGUCCACACGGGAGAGACUCCUUUCCACUGCUCGGAAUGCGGGAAGAGCUUCAAGUGGAUGUGUUCUCUGAAGGAGCACCAGAGGAUCCACACAGGAGAAGCUCCCUACGGCUGCCCGGACUGUGGGAAGAGCUUCAAGGGUGCGGGGACUUUGAAGAAGCACAGGCGGGUUCACACGGGAGAGACGCCCUACAGCUGCGGGGACUGUGGGAAGGCCUUCAAGGAGUCUGGGGCUUUAAGGCGGCACCAACGAAUCCACACCGGGGAGACUCCUUAUCACUGCUCCGUCUGCAGCAAGAAGUUCAGCCGGGUGGACCACCUUAAAGACCACCAACGGAUUCACAGUGGGGAGUGAGUUCAGUUUUUCGUUGCAGAAGCUGAUUUAACAGUACAGCAGCAGGAAAAAAAUAAACUGGGUAUAUUUAAAAUAAAAUACAAAA